GCCUCGGAGGAGCCACGCGCGGACGCCGACUCGGCACGCGCCGCCCUCGGCUCCAAAAGGCGCGCGCGCGCUCUCUCUCCCUGUCUCCCCGCAGCUUUGCCAGCUGCUUUCGUGACGAGGGUGGGUUUUUUUUAAAAAAUGGAGAGAGAGGGGUGCUAGUUACGACUUCCUAAGGAAGGGAAUUGCCUGAACGACCAGGAAGGAGGUGGGGGGGGGAUGCAUGCUGUUUAAAUAAUUCUCCAGUCCAGCCAGGUGUUUCUCGACGGCUCCUCAGUCGCUUCUUCAGGUGCCGACCCCACACACGCACGCGCACCGCGCGCCACCGUCCCAAGCUCCGCAGUCCUCUCGGCUAUCCUCUCUCGCCUCAGAAAAAGAGUAUUUUCUUUUUUUUGCGAGGGGGACAACCGCGCGUGCGCGCAGACUAGGCGGCAGCUUGGCGGCUCCUGCGCCUCAGAGUGCGUUGCUCUUUCGUAUUUUAUUAUUGUUACUGUUAUUGUUAUUGCUAACGGGCUUUUUAUUUGGCGCCCAAUCUCGCGCACCCAAGCGCAGCUCUCUUUCUCCUCCUCUCCCUCGUUCCACUUCGCGAGCGGCCGAACAGAGCGAGGCGAGCGAGCGAGCGAGCGAGCGAAGUUUUCUCCUUCCCCUCAAAGAACGCGGGAAAAAGCUCGCGCGCGCCGUCGAGGAGGGAGAGAAGCUGCUGAGGGGAAGCACCUGAGAAGUCGGCGCUUCUCCUUCCUGAGGGAGGAGGGGAAAGGCGAGAAGCGCUGCCCUGCGCCCCCUCAGGCCCUCCUCCGCCUCGCCUGAGUUGGACUCUCUGCCCGGCAAGCGAAGGGCGCCAACUUUCUUCUCGCCCAUCUUCAACUCUACUCAGCCAACGAAUCUGGACGCGACGGGAGGCCAGAGAGCGGGAGAGAAGGUCCCGGAGAACUUAUUGGGGGCCCCGCGCUUCUCUGUAUGGAAGCUACACAGAAGCCUCAUGUAAGUGGAGCCUACAGUUUUCUAGAGCGGAGCAUUCAUUCUGAUACUAAAGUGGAGUGCAGCUCUUGUGUAGAAACGGAGGACAGAAAACUUUCAAGACAGCAGAUGAGUUGUGAAAGAGGUCAACUAAGGGGUAAUCAGGAAGCCACAGCACCUCCUGACACAAUGGCACAGCCUUACGCCUCGGCUCAGUUUGCUCCUCCUCAGAACGGCAUCCCCGCAGAGUACACCGCACCCCACCCUCAUCCGACUCCCGACUACACAGGCCAAACCACAGUUCCAGAGCACACAUUAAAUAUGUACCCACCUGCGCAGACGCACUCUGAACCAAACACAAGUGACACAAAUGCACAAACUGUGUCAGGCACAGCCACACAGACAGACGAUGCAGCACAGACCGACGGACAGCAACAGACACAAUCUUCUGAAAACACAGAAAACAAAUCACAGCCGAAGCGGCUGCAUGUCUCAAAUAUACCCUUCAGAUUCCGGGAUCCAGAUCUCAGACAAAUGUUUGGGCAAUUUGGUAAAAUCUUAGAUGUUGAAAUUAUUUUUAAUGAGCGAGGCUCAAAGGGAUUUGGUUUCGUUACUUUCGAAAAUAGUGCUGAUGCCGAAAGGGCGAGGGAGAAAUUACACGGCACCGUGGUAGAGGGCCGUAAAAUCGAGGUAAAUAAUGCGACAGCUCGAGUCAUGACAAAUAAGAAAACAGUCAACCCUUAUACGAAUGGUUGGAAAUUAAAUCCAGUGGUGGGUGCUGUCUAUAGUCCAGAAUUCUAUGCAGGCAGGGUGCUGCUGUGCCAGGCAAACCAAGAGGGAUCUCCCAUGUACAGUGCCCCCAGUUCACUAGUAUACACGUCCACAAUGCCGGGUUUCCCAUACCCUGCCGCUACUGCUGCCGCCGCGUACAGAGGAGCACAUCUCAGAGGCAGAGGCCGCACCGUCUACAACACAUUUCGUGCCGCAGCACCCCCUCCUCCCAUCCCGGCUUAUGGCGGGGUGGUUAUGCUGCGUACCGGUAUGCCCAGCCUACCACAGCAACCGCAGCUGCCUACAGUGACAGAAAUCAAUUCGUCUUCGUUGCAACAGAUGAAAUUUCUUGUAACACCUCUGCAGUUACGGACGACUUUAUGCUGCAGACCCCUACCACCACACACUUGCUCCAGCAACCACCUACGGCGUUGGUGCCGUGAAUGCUUUUGCACCCUUGACUGAUGCCAAGACUAGGAGCCAUGCUGAUGAUGUCGGUCUCGUUCUUUCUUCAUUGCAGGCUAGUAUAUACCGAGGGGGAUACAGCCGUUUUGCUCCAUACUAAAUGACAAAACCCAUAAAAACCCUUCCAAUGUGGGGGGAAAAAGGAAGCUUUCCGAGGCCUGGGUAUUGCAAUACAUGCAAUAGUGCAUCAUUUUAGCAACUCUAAAAAUAAAAUAAAAUAAAAAAGAGGAAAAAAAUCUACAUUUUUUUAUCUUAUACCUCAGAUAUUUUGUUCUGUGUAUUUUAAUAUCGUGGGUCUUUUCAUUUCCGAAUGUUGCAUAGUUCGAUUGCUGGCUGUAGAAGGUUAUUAUUAUUAAAUUAUAUUAUGAUUAAUUAUGAUUAAUUAUUCUUAUUUUCAUUGUCGUGGUUGAACUAGAAAGCUGCUAGAAACUAAUUUAAAAAUAAAAUAAAAUCUGUUUGGGGGCCACAAUCAAGACUGCUAUAUCAUGUAAAUGAAUUAUAUAUGCUGAAUAUUAAGCUAUCAAGAUUCCUCACUUGUUUUGUAAGAGUGUUAAAGUGACAUCAGGGUCCCCCCUCCCUCCUGCGCAUCUAACAUUUAUUUUUGUUUUAUAAAGGGGAGGGAAAAGAGGAGAGUUGAGACGGUGGCGAUGGGGGUCCAACACGAUUAAAUCGUAAAGUGGGGCCGCCACUGCACCCAUCGUCCCAUAUCAGCUGUUUUAAAUUAUUCACUAUUUAUUCAAAGCCAAAGGUUAUGUUGUUAAUUUUGAGGCUGGGGCGGGAGGGCGGAGAGAGGGGUGCUUUAACUGACACCUGUACAUAAAAUCUAAUUUAAUGCUGUCCAGAGGGCACCCCCUUUCUAGGCAACCCACCAAGUCAAGAUCAGCUCCAAGCAUAACUAGUUCUUUAGGCAAAAAAGAGAGAGAGAGAGAGAGAGAAGAGAGAGAAACAAAGAAAAGAAAAGAGGAGAAAGAGAAAAUCUCUGCUAGUUAGAACAUGAACAAGCUUUCUUUUUAUAUUUCUUCCAGUAUAAUAAAUUAUUGAUAUCAUUGCAGACUUUUAUAUUAUGGGAGGAUUUAAAAAAUAAUGAUAAUAAUGAUAAUAAUAAAAGGUGAUAAAAGCACUGUUUCUAUUUUUUUUCUUUUUUUUCCAAAAAAAGAGAGAAAGUAAUAAAAAAGUUAAAUUCUUUGUACCGGUUUAAUGGGGGUGGGGUGGGUGGGGCGGGGGGUGGGGCAGGGAAGUGUAUAAAAUUUACAUCUGUGCAGUGGAAUUAUUAUUAUUAUUAUGACACACCUACGGCGCUUUAGGUUUAGACCAAGAGAUAAGAGACAAAAAAACACACGUAUAAUCAUUUUUACAGAAUUUAAAAUGCUGCUCAUAUUAAAUAAAUAAAUAAAUAAACAUAAAAAAGUUUAUAUACGCAUUUUACAAGUACUGCAACCAUUGAGGAGAGAGAGAGAGAGAGAGAGAGAGAGAGAGAGAGAGAGAGAGAGAUUGAAAAAUAAAUAAAUAAUAAUCAUGGUAUUUUCAUCUGCUUGGUACUUUUUGAAACAUGACCGUGUCGUGUAAGCAAACUGCAAUUCUUCGACAUGUUCCAAGCCUGCCCCACUUCCCAACCCGAGGCUGUUGUGUUUGAAAUUGGCUGGACCCAACUAAAAACAAAAACACCAGAAUCAUCAGAUGAACAGAAGGUGGUUUGAUGUCAGAUACUUCCCAUGUCUGAUUCGCUGAUGGUCUCCCCCCCCCCAAAGCACUGAAGAAACUCACGCCAAAGAGGCAGUUUCUGGCACAGCUGAAAAAUUGCAGUUUGUCUGUACAUCUGUUGUCCUGUUUACAAGUUAACCUAAGUUGGGGGUGUUUGUCAGGGGAAACUUCUUGUUUUUUGUAUUUAAAACAAAUAAAAAGCAGAAAAAAGACUGUCUUGCGACAGUUUUUUGGUUUUCUUUUUUUUUUUGUUCUUUGCUGAAGAUAGUUAUUAUAUUCUCAUCUGUAUGGUGCGGGCCUAAGAAAAAAGGGGGGGCGAGCACUUUAUAGUUAAAAAUAAAUAAAAAUAAAAAUGAUCAAUUCACCGCUGUGAACCUGCCAACUCGCUAUAAACAAUUCUGCUUUUUAAAAAGUGUUUGUGAAAUCAGGCUUUCCUCUUUGUCAUCGUAAUGUGCAUGCGAUAUGAUCAGUUGAACGAUAAACCAUCAAUAAAGUUUCACAAGAUUU